UAAUGGAUAUUCAUACAAGAACCUCUCUUUUUCGUUAAUACCCGUUCCCCUUGGCAUUGGAAACGUUUACAUUUUCCUCCUAAGUGUAGCUAGCUAGCUACCUAGUUUGGCUAGCAGGGUACGAUAAGUGGUUCCCUCGACAUGUUUAUUUUAGUACUGGAGCGUAACAGCGAGAGGUGAUGGCAUGAAUGUGCUGCAGUAUUAGCAACUAGCUGCGCCUCUCUGACUUAAAGAUUGCAAUUUCUUUGGGCACAGGUCGGCAACUGGGCUUUACAGGGGAUAGCACUCCGCAAGAUCUACACAUCGUCACCAUGGCAUGGGCUCUGAAAUUGCCGCUCACUGAUGAAGUGAUUGAGUCAGGUCUGGUCCAGGACUUUGAUGCGAGUCUCUCGGGUAUUGGCCAAGAGCUUGGAGCUGGAGCAUACAGUAUGAGCGAUGUGCUUGCCCUCCCCAUCUUCAAGCAGGAGGAGUCUAACCUUCCUCCAGAGACUGAAAACAAGAUCCUUCCCUUCCAAUAUGUUCUGUGCGCAGCUACCUCACCUGCUGUCAAACUACACGAUGAAACACUCACCUACCUCAACCAAGGACAGUCCUAUGAAAUUCGAAUGCUUGAUAAUCAGAAAAUGGGGGAGCUGCCUGAGAUCACUGGGAAAAUGGUGAAGAGCAUCAUCCGCGUGGUGUUCCAUGACCGACGCCUUCAGUACACAGAGCACCAGCAGCUGGAAGGCUGGCGCUGGAAUCGGCCUGGGGAUCGUAUCCUUGAUUUGGAUAUCCCAAUGUCAGUUGGCAUGAUCGACCCCAGGGCUAACCCUACUCAGCUUAACACUGUGGAGUUCCUAUGGGACCCAUCAAAAAGAACCUCAGUUUUUAUCCAGGUUCACUGCAUAAGCACAGAAUUCACCAUGCGCAAACAUGGAGGAGAAAAAGGUGUUCCCUUCCGCAUCCAGAUCGACACUUUCAAAGAGAACGAGAGCGGGGAGUACACAGAACACCUCCAUUCCGCCUCCUGCCAGGUGAAAGUCUUUAAGCCUAAAGGUGCUGACAGGAAGCAGAAGACCGACAGGGAGAAAAUGGAGAAGAGGGCACCUCAGGAGAAGGAGAAGUACCAGCCCUCCUAUGAAACCACCAUCCUGACAGAGUGCUCUCCUUGGCCUGAGGUCACCUAUGUCAACAACUCCCCAUCCCCUGGCUUCAACAACACGCACAACAGCUUCCCAGUGACAGAAGGAAAUGGAUCACCCAACCAUCAGCCUGAGCCUGUUGUUCAGACAGUAGAUAAUUUGUUACCUGCAGCAACACCACAGGAAGCACAGCAGUGGCUCCAUAGAAACCGCUUCUCACCCUUCUGUCGGCUCUUCACCAACUUCUCAGGGGCAGACCUGUUGAAGCUGACAAGAGAGGAUGUCAUUCAGAUCUGCGGGCCAGCUGAUGGAAUAAGGCUCUUCAAUGCACUGAAGGGACGAGUGGUACGUCCGAGACUGACCGUUUAUGUGUGCCAGGAGUCUCAGCAGGCACGGGAACAACAAGUGAAACAUGAAAAUGGAGACACUGCCAGCAACACUUUUUUUGUGUAUCAUGCUAUCUACUUGGAGGAUCUCACAUCUACCGAGCUCACUGAGAAGAUAGCUCAACUGUUUAACAUCUCACCCAGGCAAAUAAGCCAGAUCUUUAAACAAGGUCCCACUGGCAUUCAUGUAUUGGUUAGUGACGAGAUGAUUCAGAACUUCCAAGAUGAAGUGUGUUUUGUUUUGGAUACAAUGAAAGAUGAAACGAAUGAUGGUUACCACAUCAUCUUGAAGUGAAGACUGAAUGGGGGAUUAGUGUAGCCCCGCUCUCUCCUUUUUAGACCCGACCCUGUCAGCCCCUUGACAGCUUCAUACUCCUCGCCGUUCCUGGAAUGAGCUGGAGAUGACCCCAUCAUCCCAGUUUGGGUAUACCCAACAAUUCUCUAGGGGCUGCAAUGGGAAAAUGCACCCGAAGCACCUGGCCCCUGGCCCUCUCCUCUCUAUACCUUUAUUGUCUUACUUUUGAAGGAGUGACUCUGUUCUGAGUUGCCAUGCUGAAGUGACAUUCACCUCCUUGCCCCACUAAUGUUUCCAUCAAAUGGUUCCAUUUUCUUCUCUGUUGCUCAUGUGUCAUGGAAAAGAGAUUAAAGGCGUCAUCGGACGCACUCUCCAGUUUCUUAAACUGAGCAUCUGGUGUGCCAAAGCUAUGAGCUUCAGAAUCAAGAGUUUGUUGUCCCCCAUUUAGCUUCUUUUUUUAAUUUUUUUUUUCUUAAAGCAGCUUCCCAGUGUCUGCCUUACAGUUUUCAACCUCAAUCCUGCAUUGCAACAUGGUUCUCCCUACUCCUGUGGAGGUACUGUACUGGAUCCACCUUGACCAGUAUGGAAGGAACAUAGCAGUGCUUUGACAGCUCAUGCAACCACUCAGGCACAGGAAAGGACGCCAAGAAGCGUCAAAUUCAAUGAUCAGGAUAUCAAGGGCAAUUCUGAGAACUGAUCCUCAGACCUCCGCUGACACCUGUGGUUCCUUUGAAAGCGAACAGUGUCUGUCUUAUUCCCAUUGUCACUGUUACUUGUGAGUCAACAUGAAAGGAUUUCCCAACGCCCUGAACACUGUUAGGACUGUGAAGUGAGUGGUCACGUUAACCCAUCGUUGAUUUUGCUUAUGAGUCUUGAAUAAUGAUGGAAGUACUGCCUAUUCGUGUGAAUGCAGUAGCUACACCAGCAGCCUGCCUCUGUCCACAUACUACAAUCUAUUCCCACCAUCCUAUUUAGCACUUGGAAUUCAUUGUGUUGGCCAUUUUUAAAUAUUAAUUUCUAGAUAAUUGUUGAAAAAAUAUUUUCAUGGUGAAUUUUGUGUUACUUUGCCUGUUUUUAUAAUCUUUUUAACAGACAUACUCCACAACAGAUAUUACCACUUCCGAAUACUAAUUGUAGUGGAUCUUUUGGCAUACCAGAACAGCAUGUGGGAAAAAAAAGAUAUUGCUGGUUUCUGUCCAAUCCGUAGUAUGGCUUACAUUAAGUGAAUAGUUCUGCAUUUUAGAUGUUGUUCAUCUUUGCCCCAUCUCAGAAAAAUUAAAAUACUU